GUUGGGCUGAAAGAAUCGAGAUGACAGUUUGCUGAGAAACACUGACCUCAGAGGAUCCAGCUGCUCGUGCUCCUGUCUCCAAGAAUCCCCCUCACAGAACAACAUGAACUUCCCAUUUCAGGGAGAACAGCCAUGGAGGACCAAUUCCAGGGAGAGCUGUCAUUGCUGGGGCACUGGGGAAGUUUCGGGGGCGGGGGCCAUAUUGCUGACUGGGUGCAGUUUCUCCAGGAUAUAAAGCAGGAGGUGACAGCUCCCUCAUCAGCCACACUCCCUCUUCAACACUGAACACUCCCAAGGUGAGCCAGGCCAGGAUGAGGACAGCACUGUGUGUAGCUGCCGUUGUGGUGGGAGCACUGGCAAUCUGCUUGAUCCAGGAUGGUGUGACUGCCGCUCCAGCUGGCUCUGUGACUGUCGAUUGCUGUGAGAGCUUUAAGACCACUCGCAUUCCUCAUAAAUGGCUCGUACACUUCACCAGGACAGUUGGCUGCUCCACCCCCUCCAUCAUCUUCACAAACAGGAGGAAGAUGAGAAUUUGUACGAGAGCGAGUGAGAAAUGGGUUCAAGAUGCAGUGGCAUUUCUGCAGAAGAAACUGGGGAUUGGAAGACAAGAACCCACUGAAAGCACAAUCUUUUAAUUCACUGGAAACACAUGGAGUGUUGGACUGACUGGUGUUACACUGGGGGACAGGCAGAAUGGAGAAGGUGGAUCCACAAACUGAUUCCCUGAUCACUUGCAAUAUUCCUGUUGCUGUGCUCAUUCACAUGAAAGACUCUGAAUGGUAACUAACUAACUUUCCCUGUGUCUUGCCCAAUCAUCAAACUAGUGAAGACUGUUCAUGGAACAGGAGAAAUGUGACUGGACAUCAAUGGGACAGACUGAGGGAACAGUUAGUCUGACAUUGGAUAAGAUUCCAGCAAUUGUCCAGCUGAUCCCAGAAUCAUCCCAGAGGCUUUCGGUCUCUACACUCAGUGGGGUUUGUUCAACUAUUCCCUUCCACCUGAGGGCUAGGUGGGCACAACUAUAAUCCCCACUCUCACCACAGUGAGAGUUUUUUCAGGGGUGGGGAUUAGGUCAGUCUGGGGUUGGGAUUUGGAUCAGUCUCUGGAGGUGGGAAUGUGUGUAUACAGAGAAUGGGGCCAAUCUCUGAGGUCGGUGGUAGGUCAGCCUGUGCUGGUUGGUCUUGGUUAGUCUCUAGGAGUGGGGACUAUCUGUCAGACUCCCUGAGAACUACUCUAAUUCCAUUAGUAAUCGCGGAAUGAUUGUGAUUUUUCUCUUUCCUCUCCCUCAUUGCCUUACUGAAUUCCCACCUCCUGCUAUUUAUCCAUUGAAACUGUGAUAAUGAA